AUGCCGCUGAAGCUUAAUGCCUCACCACAGUAUCAAGAACUUGCCAUCCAGCAGUACGUGACAGAGUGGGCCACUGAGUUCAUCGAGCUGCCCACGGUGUCUGCUGCGGCACUUGGGGCGGCAGAGAUGAGCGGGAUGCUCCUGGUACUGCUCUACGUCUCCCACUCUUCUGCCAGAUGCGGCAUCCAGAAAUCCUCCAUUGUGGAUGAUUCUGAGGAGAACUUGGUCAGCAGCACAGAGUUCCCGUGGGUGGUGUCACUGCAGGAUGCCCAGUACACCCACUUGGCAUUUGGCUGCAUCCUCAGUGAGUUCUGGAUCCUCAGCAUCGCAUCCGCCUUUCAGAACAGGAAGAAUGCUCUCGUUAUAGUUGGUAUAGCUAACAUGGAUCCUAGCAAGAUUUCUCACACAGAGUAUCCAGUCAAUACCAUCAUCAUCCAUGAGGGCUUUGAUAAUAAGUCAAUGAGCAAUAACAUAGCCCUCCUGAAGACAGACACAGCGAUGGAUUUCAACGACUUGGUCCAGUCUAUCUGCUUCCUUGGAAGAAAUCUGCACAUGCCACCAGCCAUGCGGAACUGCUGGGUGUCAGGAUGGAAUCCCACGUCUGCAACAGGAAAUCACAUGACGAUGAGUAUCCUAAGGAAAAUCUCCGUGAAAGACAUGGACCGAUGUCCCUUACACAGACUCCAGAAAACAGGAUGCGGUGAACACGUAGAGCAGGAAACUAAGUUCGUCUGCUUGGGGGACCCAGGAAGCCCAAUGAUGUGCCAGCUAGACCAGUUGGAUGUGUGGGUCCUGAGAGGAAUCCUGACCCAAGGUGGCGAGUCCUGCCCUGGUCUAUUUCUGUACACCGUGGUGAAAGACUACAGCAACUGGAUCAUGUCCAAGAGUGGGAGGGCAAGCCUAUCCCUGUCUUCACUCUACCACUGGGAGAAGAUGAAUCCUUUCUCCCCCCGGAAAUCAUAUGAUACCUCAACCCAGAAGACACAGACUAGAUUUAGCCACAAUGAAUGGUCCCAAUCAGACUUCCAAGGGCAAACAAUGUCCACCACAUAUUCACAGCUAGCAAACAACUCUACAGAUAAUCUAGACUUAAGUGAAAAGAAUAUAAGGGAAUCAGCCGUACAACCCAUGUACUAUGACUAUUAUGGUGGGGAGAAUGAGGAGAGUGGGUCCAGUGCAGAGCAUCAGCCCCAAGAAAUUAUCUUGGUUUUCUUUGUACUUGCUUUCUUUUGCAGCAGUCUGGUCUAG